GUCCACUGAAAAGUGAAUGAAAGAAACAUUCGUCAGGUUGUGAAAAAGUGUAAUAUUUCUCGAUGGAUUUGGAAAAGCUUACUCCAGUCUUAAAGUCAAUCUGUGUGGCAGCCAAUGGAGCGUUUGUUGGAGCUGCUUUCUACGUCCUCUCUGUUGAAUUCCCUGCACUGGACGAACAUACCUAUGGCUGUGUGUURAAGAUUCUUCGUCUCGAGCAUCGUCAUCAUGCCCGAAUGCAGUUUGGACUGACAGUAGCUACUGGUCUAUCUGGUGUAUCGCUUUAUUUCAUGAACAAGGAAAAGCAUUUCCCUUUUCUCGUGGCUGGAUCUAUCAUGCUUGCUACAAUGCCUUUCAAUAAAUUCGCCAUCAAACCUGCUUGUCAGCCCUUGGUUAAACCUGGAGCGAAAGACGAGAUGGAAGAAAAGGAGGUUAGAGAGAAGGUCAACAAACUACGAAGGCUUUUAAGUGUKAGAUCUGUGGCAGCUCUGGCUGGUUUUGGAUAUUUGGUCUACCAUCUAACUUGCUGAAAUUGACACUGACAAUCAAAGUUAAUAUAAGUUAUAGUAAUUUAGAAUUACAGCCACGAAUGAAACCAUUUUGAUAAUAUUCUUAUGAAUUUUUUUAUUGCAUUAAUAGAUUAUUUAUAGUGUAUUCCUCUACAUUGAACAGUAAGAUUGGAAAUUGUAUUAAACUGAUUUGGGCUAUC